CAGAUUUCAGGUACAAAAGGGGCUGAACAAUUCAUGGAUGAGGGGUUCUACGAUGAUUUCAAUAUGGACGAAGUUGAUUUAAGCAUCGAGAAAUAUGAAGUACUCUUUGGCGUAGGGCAUAACGAUCCAGAACAUCUUUUCGCAAAAGAUGGGAUUGAUAGCUUAUUUGGUACUAACGACGCCUCUAUUGCAGAAUCCAAUUGUCAGGGUGCAUAUGGUGCCAAGGAGUCUUCGACUGGACCUGGAAAUGGAGCUCAACCAGCUUACAGUAAUGCAGCAUCAGCCGAUUCUUUAAGGAGCUGUAAAACUGAACCGAACCCUUGUUAUGGGAAGCCACACUCCAAUAUUUCGUUUUCGAGUCUAACAGGUGAGAGCAGUGGUGGUGAUUAUCAAGACUGUGGAGCUUCAUCUAUGCUUCUAAUGGGUGAGCCACCCUGGUGCACCCAGGCUCAUGAAACCACCACUCCUUCAGGUAUCAGGAACGAUGCUGUCCUCCGUUACAAGGAAAAAAAGAAGACCCGCAAGUUUGAGAAGAGAGUGAGAUACGCUACACGAAAAGCAAGAGCAGAUGUAAGAAAGCGCGUGAAAGGGCGUUUCGUCAAAGCUGGCGAUGCCUACGAUUACGAUCCCAUGAGUCAAACCCGAAGCUACUGAGAGUGUAUAUAUAUAUAUAUACACACACACAAACACAUAUACAACUUCUUGAUCAUAUGCAUGAGGAAAGGUUUUCGCUUGUCGUCAGCCGGAUUAUAGACGAAAUAACACCGCUUUCACCAACCGACCACCGAAAAAUCAAGAUUCUGCAUCAAAAGAUCGGAUCUCGACAUCAUCUGCCAACAAAAAUGAGUAAACUUCUGAACCCUUGAGCAAAAACGCGAUGCUAAUAUGUUUCUAUUGUUAGAAAUCAUAUUCUCGAUGGCUAAAUUGUAUUCUCUGAAGAAGAAAACGAUCAUCCGGCAUGAGUCUCUCCGAUUCCCGUCAUGUGUUGGUGUGGCCGGAGAUGAAGAUCGUUGUGUAAUAUUGCGUGUAAUUAUCGAUGUAUCUAAGAAACAUUGACGAUAAAAACUGUGUUUUUUUUUGGAAUGUACAGAAUGAGAGAUGUUUGUAAACUACGCUUCUAAUUAGGUUUGAUCGUAGACGUUUUUGUAGCUCGAUCAAUAGGUUUCGUGUUUUUUAGUAUGCGAAUCUUCUUAUGUUGUGAAUAUGAGUUUUGAGUA